CCACUCUUUGCUUAUAUUGCAGCAUCCCUAGGCCUCUGCUCUCAAAAUCACUUACUCCCAACCUUUAUUGGAUCUCUUCCCAACACCGAUCGCAAUGGCCACUUCUUCCCGAUUUUGCAAACUCCAACAAGUCUCUAUCUUCCUUUAAUCAACAAACGGACAGCUAUGAGGAACAGCCACGUUUCAGCAUCUUAGAUCACCAAGACCUUUCCUUCGACCAAGUGCUCGACGUUCUAACUUCCUUACAAGGACAGUUUGGCCAAUACAAGCUUACCAAACGCCAACAGGAUCAACUGAGUAUGAGCUGUCAAGUCAUUUCUAGGAUUGAAGGAGACGACCAAGGUGACGACCAAGGAGGCGAUCAAGGAGACGACCAAGGAGACCAUAAAGAUGUGCAGUCCCGAAAACCAGAACAGGCAAACCAAGAUCUCUAAACAUAUCGGAAGACACCAGGGCCCUACAAGACCAGGUAACUUCAUUGUCGGCUCAAAGGGCCAUUUUAAACGAUCAAGUGUCGUAUAUGUCUCAAGAGGAGUUACAGAAUAAAGUUGCCCAAAGGAUGGGGCUAGUUGACUUUGGCCCCAGAGAAGGCAGUCAAAGGGAAAGCGAGAAUGACCGUCUGUACAGACGUUCUGUUCUGUAUAACAGGUUUCCAGUGACUGUUGGUCUGGUGGGGAGUAUAGGGACAUUGAUAAGGAGUUUGCAAGAGUAUACGCAAUGGGAGUUCCAAAUUCUCAUUGCAAUAAACUCUUUCUUAUCCUUGUAUCUACCGUUGAGACGAUUCCUACAAGACCCAAUGGCCCGCCAAUUCAGAUCAAGGAUUCGCAAGAAUUCCUGGGAGGCGUAUGACGGAUGGAUGGAGCUGCUCAACACAGCGCUCAAUCUGUUUGUAGGAGUCUUGACGGCUUGGGUUAUACGGAAUCGAGAUGUAUAGAUUCUGAUGAGGAUAAAAGGGCGGGAGAUCAGCAAUGGACGUGAUCUAAGAUUAAUU